AUGUCGGACGCCUGCCAGUCACCACCGCAGCACCGCUGUCCACCGGCUGUUCUGCUGUUCUUUCUUGUUCACAGAAGAAAAUCAGAUAUGGCAGGUGAGAGACGAGUGCUGACACUAGGUGGAAAAGGCUCAACCCUCUCUUCAGAUUCUGUCUUUGAAUUUUCCACUGCUUCUCCACCUCAGCUCCUCCAGAUUGAUCCUUCUGCUCUUGCAAGGCUCUCUUCAUCUCCUUCCAAUCAUAAACCCAAUUCAGCAUCAGCCCCCUCCAAGCUUCAACUAUCUGUCCCUGAUUUUCUAACCCCUGAGGAAGCCAGAGCUUCCAUUCUGCUACUCCUGUACAAACACUUGCUUAGUGGAUCCCCCUCCUCCUCUGCUGUUUCUCAGCUAUCAGAUAUCUUGAGCAAUGAUACUAAAACCCUCACACUUGAUCUGGAUUUCGUUAAGCAUGCCAACAUUGAUAUGUUAAGAGGUUGCUGGCCUAACAUUACUGUUAAUGGCAUCUGUGCUCUCCUUGACUACACAGCCUCCUCAUUAACCAUAGUUGCAGAUGCUGUUGCAGCCUUGUCUUGUGAGGCCUUGAAGGCUGACACUUCAACUGCCUUAAAUUUCUUCACAGACUCUGGUGAUGGCUCUUCUGAUAAAGAUAUGGCUUCUGUUGCUAGUGAUUUGAAGGUUUUGCUUAAUGGAUCAAAGUUUCGUGGUACUUUGCAAUGUGAUCAAGUUGAUAACAUUCCCAUUAUUCAUGGUCGUUUGAGAUCUCUCAGCAAAUCAGUUCAUCAAUCAACUCGGAUUGCACUGAAUUCUACUCUGUUAGCAAAUGGAAGUGUCAGUGAGGAUUUGACCACACUCUUUUCUUCUCUCUCAUUUGCUAUCAAGAGUCUUGGUGAGAGUAGUUGGCUUCGAGCAAACACUUUGGUAAAAGACAACAUAUUUCCUGAUUUGGCUAAGAGUUUCAAUGCUGGAUGUCCUGGUCUUGACAUAUUGGAAGCCUCCGUUAUGUCUUCUGUAACAAAAAAGAUGAAAAAGAACUACAUCGAAUCAUUGCAUGAAAUCUAUGCUUUGUUUGAAGUUGUGAGAAAGAUUCUUUCUUGGGAAGCAACGGUUUCUUUUUUAUCAUUGGAGGGGAGUGAGCUGAUGGAGAAUGGAGAGAGAAGUGUAAAAGGUCAAGAGGGUGUUGAUGGAGGAAAUGUGAAACCGGAUAAAAAGAAGGACAAGAAAAAGAAGGUUAUGGGAAAAGGCACAUCUGUUUUGAUGCAGUUUAUCAAAGAUAGAUUACAAAUCAAGGUAUUUGAUACUUCAUCUCUUGUAGAGAAAGUGGCACAAGGUUUCCUCUCCUUCCUGGACUUGAAAGAUCCCAACUUUAAAAGUCUACUAGAUAAAGUCAAAGAAGUUGUUGACAGCAAUGAAAGCAGAAGGCUUCCCAAACUUGCCAAGGGAACCCGUGAUUUUGCAAAAGAACAAAUGGCUGUAAGGGAGAAAGCCUUCACAAUCAUUGGCAAUGUUUUUAAGAGACAUGGUGCUAUGGCACUUGAUACUCCUGUAUUUGAAUUGAGAGAAACUCUUACAGGAAAGUAUGGUGAAGAUUCAAAGUUGAUUUAUGAUUUAGCUGAUCAGGGUGGAGAGAUUUGUUCCCUUCGGUAUGACUUAACUGUUCCAUUUGCUAGAUAUGUUGCCAUGAAUGCUGACUUUGAGGUUGUCAGAAUCUUGGUUGAACUACUAGACGAGCUAAACAUCGGUGAUUAUGAGGUGAAGUUGAACCACCGUAAGCUACUGGAUGGAAUGCUGGAAAUAUGUGGUGUUCCAUCUCACAAAGUCCGAACCAUUUGUUCAAGUAUUGACAAAUUAGACAAACAAUCAUUUGACCAAAUUAGAAAGGAAAUGAUUGAAGAGAAAGGGUUAGAUGUGGAUACAGUGGAGAAAAUUGGUAAAUACGUGUGUCUGAAAGGCCACCCUUUGACACUACUAUCAGAACUGAAAAAAGAAGAAAGUGUGUUUCUGAAAAACGAGGCUUCAAAUCAAGCAUUGAAAGACUUGGAGAAAUUAUUCGAAUGUUUAGACAAAAGAUGUGUAGACAAAGUGGUUCUUGAUUUGAGUUUAGCAAGAGGGUUGGAUUACUACACUGGAGUGAUAUAUGAAGCGGUUUUCAAGGGUGCAACACAAGUUGGCUCAAUUGCUGCAGGUGGUCGUUAUGACAAUCUUAUAGGCAUGUUUGGAACAAAACGUGUGGCUGCAAUUGGUGUUAGUUUGGGAAUCGAACGUGUCUUCACAAUAAUGGAAGAACAGCAAAAAGUUGAAAAUCAGGUGAUUCGAGCGAGUGAGACACAAGUGUUGGUGAGUGUGUUGGGGGAUGAUGUGGGUUUAGCAUCUAAACUGGUUCAGAUGUGUUGGGAUGCCAAAGUGAAUGCAGAGUUUAUGGCGAAUAAGAGGCUUAAUAAGCAUUUUGAUCGAGCUAAAGAGUUUGGGAUUCCAUGGAUGGUGAUUGUUGGUGAUAGAGAAAUUAAAGAAGGGAUUGUUAAGAUUAAGAAUAAAGAGGCGAAUAUAGAGCAAGAAGCUUCUAUGACUGAUUUUGUGGAUCAACUCAUCAGACUUAUGAACACCAGGUAAACUGUGAAAAAGGAAAUGAAGCUAUUUUUGUUUACUAUUUGAUUGAGCAACUUGGAAGUGUUAUGCCUGUUAUAGUUUUACUUGUAAUGCCAUUGUUUUUGAUACAUUUGGGUUUAUAUCUUUCACAAGUGGUUGACUUUUUUCUUCUUUUUUUUUUAAUCGUCCCUAGUUAAAAUGUUUCAUUUAUUUUAAAAUUGAAAUUGCCACCAUGUUCUUCUGCUACUCGGUAGAUAGAAGAACAAAAAAGAUAGCUUACUGUUUAUGUAUUGUCCGUUUUAUUUUUAUAAUAGGG